GAGGAAUAUUACAUUUCAGAAGCUUUUAUUUUGAAGCGUCGAGUCCCGCAGCUGUUCUGUUGACAGUGGCACGCGUGUGAAUACAGCACUGAAUGUUGCAAAUCACAGGAUGGACUCCAGUGGGAAACCCUCAACUGUGCAGAUCGUGGUGUUAGCCACCAGCUCAGCCCUGACUGCACUCUUCUAUUCUAUUUACAAGAGCCGAGCUACAACAGUUGCCAGAUUAAAGGCAGCCAAGAAGGUCUCCAUUGAUCAGGAUUUGAAAAGCAUCCUGUCUGAAAAUCCUGGAAGAUGUGUCCCAUAUGCUGUCAUAGAAGGUGUAGUGAGGUCUGUGAAGGAAACUCUAAACAGCCAGUUUGUUGAUAACUGCAAAGGCGUGAUUGAAAGACUGACCCUGAAGGAGGAAAAGAUGGUGUGGAAUCGCACCACUCAUCUCUGGAACAACACAGAAAAAGUGAUCCACCAGCGCACCAACACAGUUCCAUUUUCUCUCGGGUCUCAUGAGGACGGUAUCGCUGCCACAGUUCGAGUUAUACGUCCACUAGACGCUGCAGAGUUGGACCUGGAGACCACAUACGAGAACUUUCACCCCACCGUCCAGUCCCUGUCCAACGUUAUUGGCCACUUCAUCAGUGGGGAACGGCCCAAGGGCAUCCAUGAAACUGAGGAGAUGCUGCGUCUGGGAGACAGCGUCACAGGUGUUGGAGAGCUCGUCCUGGAUAACAACCUGAUCAAGCUCCAACCUCCCAAACAGGGCUUUCGUUAUUUUCUCACACGACUGGAUUACGAGUCUCUUCUCAAGAAGCAGGGCAAUAGCGUCCGACUGUGGAAGAUUCUGACUGUUGUCUUUGGUGUCGCAGCUUGUUCCACACUCCUCUUCAUCCUGUGGAAGCGAUACUUCCACCACAGAGAGAGCAAGAAGGAGAGGAGCAUGCUUGAGGAGUUCAAGGAGAAGCAGAAGAAACGUAUGUGUGAACUCAACAUAGAGGAAAGCAGCCUGUCACCCACCAGCUGUACAGUCUGCCUGAGCCGGGAACGGUCCUGUGUGUUCCUUGAGUGUGGUCAUGUGUGUGCCUGUACCCAAUGCUUCAACGUCCUGCCAGAGCCAAAGAAAUGCCCCAUCUGCAGGGCGACGAUAGACAGGGUGGUGCCUCUUUACAACAGCUAACGUGGUAAUGACAUCAGAAGUCUACUUUUCAUUUUACAGUCAUAUCACUGGAAAUAUGUCAUUCAAAAGCUGGCUUGACAAAUGUCUUAAUGGUACAUUUUGCUUCCCUUUUUACAUACUGACUGGUGCCGAAUAAUGUUCCCCGUAAAAUGUUCAAAUGAACGUAAGAGCGAGUGCACAGUUGAGCCCUUCUGUUUAAAGGCAUAUUUAACUGUUAGUAAGCCGUGGUAUAUAUUAAAUGUACAGUCCAUAAAGCCUACAUUUUGUGAACACUAUUCAUUUUGGGAUUAUGCUUUGGUAAGCCAUUGGUUUAGUUAAGGUUGUGUUUUGUGUAGCUCAGACGAAGAGAUUGUCGUUCACACAAUCAAAUUAUCUGCAAGACUGAAGGUUCUAUCUGGUAUUUUGGAGAAAGGGAAAAGGCUGACCCUGUUUUUCUUAUUUAAUUUUACUCCUAGAUGGACACAUACUGCAUGUGCUCAGGUUCUACAGACAUUUAGCUCAGUACACAGAGCAGCUGACAGCACAUGCACAUGUUGUUAAAGGGUGCUUCCUGUACAGGACCAACCUCUGUACCAUCACAGCUGCUGAUUGUUGGACUUUUCUUGGGCCAAAACCUGUGUAUUUGCAACGGAAAUCGUAUUAAAGAAAAAUGCAAUGGAGACCAAA